AGCCAUGAUCCAUUCAAAGAAGCUUGCUCAACUUGCCAAGAAGUGGCAGAGGAUGGUGGCAGUCGGUGGCCAGCAGACUGCAGCCGCCGACGGAUGCUGCAGCACCACCUCUGUUGCAGACAGGGGCCAUUGUGUCAUGUACACUGCUGAUGGGUCUCGGUUUGAGGUUCCGUUGGUGUACCUUGGCACAAUGGUCUUCCGUGAGCUCCUGAGGAUGUCUCAAGAGGAAUUUGGCUUCUCCAGCGAUGGCAAGAUCACAUUACCUUUUGACGCUUCUGUGAUGGAGUAUGUGAUGUGUUUGAUUAGGAGAGAUGCCUCUGAAGAGGUUGAGAGGGCGUUCCUGAGCUCCAUAGCAAGGCCUUGCCACAGUGCGAGUUGUGUAGCUUCAGUGAGACUUAAUCAGCAAUUUGCUGUUUGUAGCUAGUGAUAAAUGUUUAUGUUCAGUUGAAUGUAAAUUGAAGAAUUGUAGGGAAUGAAAGGAAUAUACAGAUUUUGUCU